AAUUAUUGCUUUUAAUUUGCAGGCAGCCAACAUUAAGCGUGAAAUGCCCUUCACUACAUUUCAGCAAGAGGAUGUAAAAAGUGACAUCAGUCAAAAAUUGCCAGACCAACAUUUUCUCCUGUUGGCUAUGAAGGAGGAAGAUAUAACAACAGCAGACACCAAAAAAACAAACAGAGUUCACGAGCAUGAAAAAGAAAACACCCGUUCUGUCUGUCUUCUUGAACAGAAACGCAAGGUUGUUUCUUCAAAUAUUGAUGUGCCUCCAGCAAGAAAAUCUUCAGAAGAAGUGGAUAUGGAUAAAGUGACAGCAGCUAUGGUACUAACCAGUUUGUCCACCAGCCCUUUGGUUCGCAGCCCUCCUGUCCGACCCAAUGAUUCUCUGAACGGAUCUUGGAAGGAAGGAGGAUUUGUGCCUUCCAGUACCAGCAGCAGUGGAUACUGGAGCUGGAGUGCUCCAAGUGAUCAGUCUAAUCCAUCCACCCCUUCUCCACCUUUGUCUGCCGAUAGCUUCAAACCUUUUCGAACACCUUCCCAGCCAGAUGAUGGCAUUGAUGAAGCUGAAACAAGCAACCUUCUCUUUGAUGAACCCAUCCCUAGGAAGAGAAAGAAUUCCAUGAAGGUGAUGUUCAAAUGCCUUUGGAAGAACUGUGGAAAGGUACUGAGCACAGCUGCAGGGAUUCAGAAACACAUCCGGACCAUUCACCUUGGACGAGUAGGAGAGUCUGACUACAGUGAUGGAGAAGAAGAUUUUUAUUAUACAGAGAUCAGACUUAACACAGACUCAGUAGCUGAUGGCUUAAGCAGUCUUUCUCCAGUCUCUCCAUCUCUAGCAUCUCCUCCUUCUUUUCCAACCCAAGAUGUAAGCCGUCCUGAAACAUCAUGUGCCAAAACUGAGACUAAAGUGAUGACACCUCUGAGCCGCUCAGCUCCUACCAAUCUCUACCUCGUACACACGGACCAUGCUUACCAGGCCACGCCUCCAGUGAACAUUCCAGGGUCAACAAAGUUCACUCCCAAUGGCAGUAGCUUUAGCAUCUCUUGGCAGUCACCUCCAGUUACCUUCACUGGCAUUCCGGUCUCUCCAACUCAUAAUCGUCCUGCAGGGAGUGGAGAGCAGAAACAGACUCACACAGUUCUCUCAUCACCACCCAGAGUAUCAUUUGGCCUGAGGAAGCCUAGAGGUGAGGGGAAAAAAUGCCGGAAAGUGUAUGGGAUGGAGAACAGAGAUAUGUGGUGCACAGCUUGUCGCUGGAAGAAGGCUUGCCAAAGGUUCCUUGACUAAAGACUGGAAGCACGGAGGAUUUGGGGAGUGGGGAGUAUGACAGCAAAAUCCUAUUACUACAGCUUCACUACCAUUUCCUAACUUUCCUCCAAUGACAUUUUUUAAAGACCUUUGUAUUUCAAGAUGAAGCACUUGUAGCCAAGGAGAAGCACUAAUCAAAACCUGUGUGGAGCAAUAGAGCAAAAAAAAAAAUCUGUCUUACCAAGUAUUGAACGCAGAGCAGCUAUUGGUGUUUUUCUUUAAAAAAAAAAAAAAAAAGGAAAGAAAGAAAAAGAAAAAAAAGUUAACCUUUUGCUAACUCUAUAAACUACUUGCUCCUUAUGACUUUUUUUUUUUAACUAUGUCAGUAGCUGUGCUGUGAAUGUCUUUACCACUUGAACCAAGUAACACAUCUUUCCCUGGAGUGAAGAUCUCUGACUGUUUCCAAUUAACACUUUAAAGACAUAUAAGCUACAGUUUACUCAAACAACCACACCAUGAAUGGAGCCUGCUAAAUAAUUCUCCUAAUGUGAAUGAUCUUGAUUAUAUUCCUUGUUUGAGGGAAUUUAUUUUUUGAAGAAGGACAAGCAGCAGUUCCUGCAAAAUUUUUAAAAGCAGUCACAAAACAGAACAAGGAACUAAGCGAUUUAAAUACCCAGUUUGGCUUUAAACACUGCAGAGAAGACAUGGGAGGUCACCAGCAGAUCUCAGUCACAAGACACCAGGAUUUGAGGGAAGGAAUUCCAAUGAUCUUUGACUGAAACACAUAGGAAUAGAACCUGGAUUCCAGUAGGUUUUCUUACCACCUGUUCCUUUUCCUAGCAAUGACUAAAGAUAAAGUCAGCAUAUCUUGUGUUGCUGAAGCCUUGUAAAUAACUGGUCAGUGCAGCCAUUUGGUUUGUAUGUAGUAUCUGUUCAGCUCGUUUCCCCUUCUCCUGUUUGAAAAUGUUACUGAGUUAAUAGUUCACUCGUUCCUUCCACUAAAAAUACUAGAUUUUACCUGUGCCAACCAUUUAUUAAAAGCAAAAUAACCCAA